UAAAGGUAGACUCACACAUAAACACGAGUUAGCUUAGCUGUGUAGGUACGUGUUCGACACGCUAUUGAUUUCAAAAUCCGGCUGGAAGCAUGAAACGUAACACUGUGUGGCUCGCUGGCAAUGCGUAUUAUAAGCAAAGUACCUGAAGAGUCGCAACUUCGUAUGAAUACUCGUAUCUCUUGUCUAACUGACGCAUGCAAUACGCGUGUGCAGCGCGCUCAACCACCCACCGACGACCACUUGCAUAUCCGCUUUAUAAAUACACCAACAUCGUAGGAAGUCGAAUUUAUUGUUAAACGAAGAGCAGACGCGUACGCGUCGUAGUUUGGAUUACGCAUUUUAUUUGACAUUAUUUUAUACGUGAGACUUUUGUGACGAAAUCGCUGUCCAUUUAAAUCAAGUGUUAUAUAAUCGCAUUGAAUUGCUUUAAUCGACAGCAAUGAAAGUGAAAUUAUUAAUAGCUUUAACACUAUUGGCGGCAAUCGCCUCUAGCAGCGCAGUGAAAGUUCGUCCUCUUGGUAGAUAUGGUCAGAAGCGUGCUGUAGAAAACGAUCAACAAAAGGAUACUCAAGUGUUUGAAAAGAAGACAGAAGAUGCAACAAUUGAAGAGAAAACUUCGUCAAAUUCAGCUACAGAAUUGCCCUCAGCUUCGCCAUCAUCAGCGUCCGUUGAGCUGCAGCGCAAAGAAGAUGUCGGCAAGGAUGUGCACAAACGUGGCAUCUACUACAAUGGUGGCUUAGGAUAUGGAGCUCAUGCUGCACAUGCCUCGUACUGGCCCAAAGCCUACGCUGCUCACUAUGGCUACAGUUUGAACUUGCCUGGCGCCACUGCAUUCUCAAAUAUAGAUGCGCACGCACACACACCCGCUUAUGCAAGCACACCUACCUUUAGUUCUGGCCCUGCUUACGCAGCACAUGCGCCCGCUUAUGUCGCUCAUGCGCAUGCUCCUACUUUCCUCAAAUAUCCAAGCGUUGGUGGUUACCAUAUAAAACAAUUUGCCGCUGGACACGCUGCAUUUCCUGUUGCCACUUACGGUGGUGGUUCGACCAUAGGUUUGGGUAACACUGCUAUUGGAUUUGGUGCUGCUGCUGUGCCAGCUUUAGCUCCUUCCGCCGUGCCCACAUUACCGCAUGCACAUGGGACUCCAUUUGCUCCAGUGGCAUCCGUUGCGCCCGCUGUGACUCCAAUUGCACCUGCUAUUGCUUCCGCUGCUCCUGCCACGCCAUUUGUGUUGCGUCCUGGUGGCGCGGUCGUAUCCUCUUAUAGCGUUAACUAUCCACGAUUCCAUCAAAAACCUAUUGUUGCUGUGCCGCAUGUGACACCCGUUCAGCCACUUGCUCACGUUCAUCCAGUGCAAUCAUUGCAACCGCUACAACCAGUGCAACCACUACAACCAGUGCAACCACUUCAGCCAUUACCCGCUCUAGCGCCGGUACAACCAGUGCAACCGGUUCACUCUGUUGUGCAAGUACAACACACGACUCAUCCCUUUACAUCUGUACAGCCGUUACAUCAUUAUCCUCAUUAUUUCCAGACGACUUUAGUGCAACCACAACGAAUCCCCGUUGCCGUGCCCGCUGCUCCCGUACCACCACUGCCUGCCAUUCCUGCCGUUCCGGUUACACCGAAUUUCCCUGCCGUACCAAGUUUUCCGUCACCGCCUGCCUUACCAGCAAUCCCAACGUUCCCCUCAGCGCCAGCGUUUCCAUCUAUACCUGCAGUGCCUGCGGUUCCUACCACACCUACAGUACCCACUACACCAACAGUAAGCAUACCGACGAUACGCCCGACUGCUUUCAACCCCAACCCGAUAUUCCCACUCGGUGUUCAACCGCCCACCACACGGCCUCAGCAAACACCCGCCUUCGUAAGUAUACCUGUGCAGCCGGAGGCGCAAUUUCCCCCACUUGUGCCAUUGCCCGGUUCGCAGCGACCAGAGGGUGGUAGUGCAGAGGCGGCACCACAAAUUCCUAAUAUACGGCCAAUAGCAGCACCACAGCCGGAGCCUGAGUUGCCAGCCGUUCAAGGUGCUGAAGAGCCUUGGAAGCCAAUACUCUCGUAUGGACCACCCAGCGUGAAUCGACCAGCGCUGACCUUAUUGCCACCCUAUGGUAGCUCGCCAGGAGAGGCUUACUUGCCACCAGUUGCUGGAGAGCAGCAACAGCAGCAACAACAAUAUCAGCAACAACAACAGCAAGCUGGUCUCUUCGAUAACCUCUCGGAUUCGGAGAUCGAACACAUUUUCGCGCAAGCUGCGAACUUAGCUGCGCAACAUACGCCGCAACAUCAUCACCACCGCACAUUCUCUCACUAUUAAGGCUAGAGAGUUAUGAGUAAAGCUUAUUUAGCAUUUAAUUUAUUUAAGUAUUGCAAAAGUCUAGCGCUGAAAUCCAAGGAUGCCCGGCUUUUCGAAAUUCUUUGGAGAAAAGUUGAAAGUGUGAGAUGGCGUUUAUUGCUCAGCGUGAGCCUUUAUUUUAAGUAGUCCUUAAGCUAAUCACUUAUUUA